AUUUUGAGAAAAACAGUUUUUUUUUUCGUUUUCUCGCAAGUGAAAUGGACUUAUGGGGUUCCUCAAACAAACGAUUCAUUUUCGAUGUUACACAUUUUUUGUACAGAAUUUUGGAAGAAAAGUGAAAAAGUUUGUUACAUUGCUCGGGAUGUUGCAGACAUGAAGAGAUCGUGGUAUAAAAUAUCCCCUGAGGUUGACCCACAGAGAGUCCAAACUUCGAUUGAUGGUAUCCGAAGAAAAGUACGAAGGUUCAUCAAAACUGUAACGGAAAUUUUUCUCCUAUCGUUCUUUUGAUUUAAACGAUUUGUUUUUCAAAUUGCAUUUCAUACUCGAGCACCUAAUAGAUAAUUCAGUUUUCGAUUACUUUAUUGCUUGAAUUGUCCAAAUAAAUGUAGAAGCAAUCUUUUGAAGGCAAUUUUCGAUUAUCUCUCGGAUGGUUUCUCGGCCAUGGCCAUGGUUAUGGUCUGCGUAAACAAUAGUUUUUGCAUAGCUCUACAAAAAAAAGGAAAAAGAGUCUAAUUGUGUGAUCACGGAGUAAGAUUGACCAAAUUUUCAAUUAUACAAUCUGGAAAAUCCAAUUUGAACAGCUGUUAGGAUACAGAGGGUUUUUUUUCGACACACAAAAUGGAUAAUCCUGUAAAAUUCACACAAGCGAUAAUAAAAUUCAGAUUCACGUUUUCUUUUGGAAUGUUCGCUACAUUUCGAUUCAGAUUCCAAGCCAUUACAACUCAAGUUAGUAACGCAAGAAAUAUUUUCGUUGUAACGAAGGCUACUGACCAAUUAGGGAUAACACAAAUACACCUUUCGCCCAUGUUAAGUACAUUCAACUUUAUCCUCAAUAGCUCACGAAGGCGCCAGGAUAAAAGAACCUUCUCCCAAACAGUUUCGAACGAAUCCGCCAAAAGUUUGACGCGCCCAACCAACGCGACGGAAACAGAAAGCAAAAUAAAUGCAUCGGUAAUUCGAUUUCCCGUAGCUCUCUUUUUCCCGUUCACUCGAACCCAAACACACCAACAGAAGCCCACGACGGAUAACCCGUGUGUAACUCCGGUGCUGCUACUGCAGAGAGGGGACAACGUUUGCGAAUAGUCAGAGCCCGGGGAGUGCGUGCGCAGCCGCGUGACACGAGAGAAACAUCACCAAAUGAUAUCAAAAUAUUAUCCAGCUCUAGUACCCAGAGAGCAACCAAGCGGUAACGGUGUGUUGAUGGUAGUUUUUUUUCGUUUCGAAUGGUACAGGUUUUCCUCCAGCCAAUUUUAUGGCCAGAUUUGGGUGCCUAAGGUGUAACACGUUUGGGUGUGAUCAUUAGUAGUGCUCUUGCUAGGGAGAAGCAGUGAAAAUGCCGUGAAAGUGCAAACACAAAUGCAAUUUGAUAAAGUGAACUUUUGCUGGUGGACGUGGGAGACGCAGGAAGUGCACACGAAGAAGGAAAAAUAAGGGCGACACUCUGUCUAUCCCACAAAUCGAAUUAGGGGAGGUGUACCUUUCCACUGCUGGCUGGAUAAAUUGGGACAGCCACCACACACAAAGGAAGUUGGCAACGGAAAGGUGCAGCGAAACAAAACAUGGCUGCUGAACGCGACUACAUCGGUUUCGCAACGCUUGCCGAGCAGGUGCACCGCAAGUCGGUGAAACGUGGCUUCGAGUUCACACUGAUGGUUUGCGGUGAGAGUGGCCUUGGCAAAUCUACUCUCGUGAAUAGUUUGUUUCUAACGGAUCUCUACCAGCACCGAACGGUUCCAUAUGACGAAGAGCGCAUAGAUAAGACCACCAAGAUAGACAGGAAAACUUUGGACAUCGAAGAGAAAGGCGUCAAGCUGAGGUUGACUAUCGUGGAUACGCCCGGUUUCGGUGACGCGCUCAACUGCGAGGACAGCUGGCGCGUCUGUACGCAAUACAUCGAUGAGCAGUUCCGGCAGUACUUCACCGACGAGAGCGGCCUAAACCGACGUAACAUUCAGGACAAUCGUGUUCAUUGUUUGCUGUAUUUUGUACCGCCAUGGGCACAUGGUCUCCGACAGAUGGACAUCGACUUGAUGCGAAGGAUGCAUAAAAAGGUUAACAUUGUGGUAGUUAUCGGCAAGGCUGACACGCUGACCACGACCGAAGUGCAAAAGCUUAAAUCCCGUAUUCUGGAAGACAUCGAAUCGAACGGAAUUCUGAUCUACCAGUUCCCGGAUUGUGACUCCGACGAAGAUGAGGACUUUAAACAGCAAGAUCGUGAACUGAAGGCAAGUAUACCAUUCGCGGUGGUUGGAAGUAACAUUGUGCUGGAGGUAGCCGGCAAACGGAUUCGGGGCCGUCAGUAUCCUUGGGGAGUGGUGGAUGCCGAAAAUCCUCAGCACAGUGACCUAAUAAAGCUGCGUACGAUGCUGAUCUCAACACACAUGCAGGACCUCAAGGAUACAACACGAGAUGUGCAUUACGAAAACUUCCGAGCCCAGUGCAUUUCGCAGAUAUCGCAACAUGCAAUGCGCGAACGUAACAAGCUGAAACGAGAAUCGAUUGCUUCCAGCCACGAGGCUAGCGGUUUGAACGAUACGGAUAGAUUACUGCAGCAGAAGGAGGAAGAGAUCAGGAGAAUGCAGGAUAUGCUAGCGCAAAUGCAGGAAAAACUGAAAUCUACCCAACUCAACGAUGCCGUCAUUGACGUUUAGACGCAUGCAGGGAUACCCACAAUAACUACGUAAACUUCCGUGACACGUAAACACAUUGAAACACGCGCAACGUUUAGGUGGAAAUUUUGUUAUAGGUUAAGGCAUCUCACAUACACUCACGUAAAGAAAACAUAGACAAAACAACAUAUUCACAUAAAAUCAUAACCGAAGUAAUUGAAUGAGUUAUUCGUCGAAAUCCGGAUUAAGACAUAACAAUUUAUAAGCAUUUGUGAAAACUUGUGUAGAACACAUCAAACUCUUAGUUUCUCGUUUGAAAUGAAGAAUGUUUACGACCAGUGAAAUAGAUAACACUCAAUUGAUGUCUAACGUAUUGUAGCAAACAAAAAUCACCAUAAUUAAUCCACAUUUUUUUUGGGCAGGAAAAUGUUGAUAAUAUUUAUGAAAAACGCUGUAACGACCAAAGAACACAAUCAAAUAGAACAGUUCGCUCUCCUGGAAAUAGAACCACCUAUCAAAAAAAAACAAGGCACCCGACAGAAACCAAACAAUCGUGCAAUAUACACAGUAAGGAAAGCAAGAUGACAACUCAAUCUGAAUUUUUAAUGUUUUAAUACACAGGAGAGGUAGAAGUUCUGUAUUGUUUUGAACGAUCGGUUUAAUUGUUAUUUUUAGAGCAUCAUCAUAUUUUAUAGAGAAUAUCUUGAGUGCGAGAAAGUGAACAGAAAGUCUAGAUGGUAUAUUUAUUCUUGUUUUUUGCUAUUGAAGUGUUUAUUUUAUAGAUUUGAUCAGAGCAUUAUUUAUCCAAAAAGAGUUUUUUUGCAAUGGCAGAAUCCAUUUAUUUAUACAACAUCUGUAUCAUGUCCUAAUCUAUCCUGAUGGUGUUUGGUUUGCAAGUCUAAGUUAUCACGAAUCUCGUCACGGUAGCAGCAACACACAUACAAAAGUAAAGAACAGUGCAACCAUGAUUAGUAUUACUAGAAACUAGAUAUUUCAAUAAAACUCGAUUUGAACGAAAC